AUCUAUUAACUAUUUCAACUUCGCUCACCAUUUUUCAGUUACGUAAAAAAAUAAUGGCUAUCACUAGACAACCUGUGUUUUUCAUUUCUCAUGGAGGACCCAAUUUACUGGAGAAUAAAGAAAAACCUGGUGAAUUUUAUACUUGGUUUGGUUCUUUAUUGAAAAAGGACUUGAAACCAAAAGCUAUUGUGAUCAUUAGUGCACAUUAUCAAGGAACAGGCAAAAAUGGAAUCUUUGUCGAUACUUCGGAAAAACCUACUCUUAUCUAUGACUUUUAUGGUUUUCCCAAACGUUAUUAUGAAGAAACUUGGGAUCAUUCUGGUGAACCGGCUGUAGCGUCCAAAGUCAUUGAUUUACUACAAAAGGCAAAUAUCAAGGCACAAGGCAAACAAUAUGGCAAUGAUCAUGGUGUCUGGGUUCCAUUGAAACGUGCUAUGAAAUCAAAUCCUGAUAUUCCAAUUGUCGAAGUAUCUACAUUUGAACAUGAAGAUAUGGCGCUACAUAUCAAGAUGGGUCAAGCUUUAGCUCCUCUCAGAGACGAAGGCGUGGUUAUUAUUGGCUCAGGAUCGGCGGUGCACAAUUUACGUGAUCUAUGGACAAGUAUGGGAAAACCAUCUCCCAAGUAUGUGAUUGAUUUUGAUAAAGAUAUGGAAAAGAUAGCGGUGGAAUCAAUUGGCGAUCAACGUGAAAAACAAGCGACUCAAUUGAAUACACAUCCUGCUUUCCGACCAAGUCAUCCUACAGCUGAACACCUGAUGCCCUUCCAUGUUGCUGUAGGUGCUGCUGGUGUGGAUCAAGGUAUUAAAUUACUCGAAGAUUAUACUGGCACGUUGGCCUGGGGUUCCUAUGCAUUUGGUCUACCAUCCACUUACACAAAUAACAUUCCCCAUCGAUCAUCAUCAUCAUCUCCAAAAUCAGAAUUAUAGGAUAAUUUAUGACCCUAAAGACAAGAAAUAAUGUAUCAUAGUAUAUAGUUAGAAUAUUCAUUUUUGAAUUAUUGAAAUAAAAGAAUUGACUUGAUUGGUAUGCC